AUGGAUAACAAAGAAAGCAUCAAACUGUACGUAAAGAAAGUGAUAGAGCACAGGGAAAUAGAAAGCCAAGUGAAGAAUCUGAGAUUAGAUAUAAAAGAGCAAAAUAAAGUAUACGAAAAGACUGAAGAUAACUUGAAGGCACUGCAAAGUGUAGGCCAAAUAAUAGGCCAAGUGUUGAAACAGUUAGAAGAUGAUAAAUUUAUAGUGAAGGCAUCAAGUGGGCCUAGAUAUGUGGUAGGAUGCAAGUCCAAAAUAGAUAAAUCAAAAUUAACCAUAGGCACGAGGGUGUCAUUAGACAUGACGACACUCACGGUUAUGAAAAAACUGCCAUGUGAAGUAGACCCAUUAGUAUUUAACAUGAUUAGUGAUAUAGAUAAAAGUGAAAAUAGCAAAAGUAAAGUGAAUUACAAUCAAAUAGGAGGAUUAAGUGAACAAAUAAGACAAAUGAGGGAAGUGGUAGAGUUACCAAUACUUAACCCCUUUUUAUUUAAGAGGGUAGGAAUUAAAACCCCCAAGGGGGUGCUACUGUAUGGUCCACCAGGGACAGGAAAAACUUUACUAGCCAGAGCUAUGGCAUCAAAUAUUAAUUGUAAUUUUAUGAGAAUAGUAGUUUCAGCUAUUGUAGAUAAGUAUAUUGGUGAGAGUGCAAGAAUUAUUAGAGAAAUGUUCACCUAUGCAAAAGAACACCAACCGUGUAUAAUUUUUAUGGACGAAAUUGAUGCCAUAGGAGGUAGAAGAUUUUCUCAAGGUACCUCCGCAGACAGAGAAAUUCAAAGAACGCUCAUGGAAUUAUUAAAUCAUUUAGACGGUUUUGAAGAAUUAGGAAAUGUCAAAAUUAUUAUGGCUACCAACAGACCAGAUGUGCUAGACCCAGCAUUAAUUAGACCUGGUAGAUUAGAUAGAAAAAUUGAAAUUCCUUUACCGAAUGAAACUGCAAGAAUUGAAAUUUUAAAAAUUCACGCCAAUAAAAUGACGAAAUUAGGGGAUAUAGAUUACGAAUCGGUUUGCAGAUUGUGUGACGGCUUCAAUGGAGCCGACCUCAGAAAUGUGUGCACAGAAGCAGGCAUGUUUGCGAUCCGGUCUAUGCGUGAUUACGUCAUUGAGGAGGAUUUUUACAAAGCCGCUCGAAAGAUUAAUGAGGCCAAAAAGUUGGAAGGUAAAAUAGAGUAUGAAAAGAUUUAG